AUGACAGAGGGCAGAGGAGUUGUAUCUAAAAAGGAGCUAUCUCCAGGCAUCAUCUUACACAAAGAAAUAAUCCCAGGCAAAGCAGAAGGUGUAGAGUGCAUUUAUGAGUUUCGAGUUGAGCUUCAGAGAUUAAAUACAUUGGAAUUUACAGUUGAUUUUACAGGCUCCAAAAAUGUUUUACUAGACGGAGGGUCUGGGUUAGUAAAAUCUACCAUUGUUCAAGCUUUUGAAACAACUACAGUCGCAGUAUUGAAAAUGACUAGACAAUGGAUGCUAAAAUCAAAGUUUCGGUUCAUAAUCCGAGCAGCUCCACGUGCUCUCCAAGAACAAUAUUUAAAGCGAGAAAUUCAAGACCUCAAUGCAAAAAUAGAAAAAUCCAAACAAAUACUGUCUAAAAUCUCAGUAAAUUUGUCAUCAGUAUAGCUCAUGCACCGUUAUAGGUCACCAUCAUUGAAAAUUUACGUUAUAAUGGACUAAAUGCCUUCUGCAUCCAAGACAGAACCCUCAUCAUAGAUAAGCACUAAGAUUUUAAAUAAAAUUUCAAAAUUAUUAAUUCUUGUUUUAUAUAAUUUGCAUUAUUCGCUCCGUAAUAAAAGUAACGAUUAUGCGGCAAAUGGCUUAGACCCAAUUGGGGAUCAAAAUGACACACCAAAAAUCGUUUAUAGCGCGAAAUAGGUUGACGAAUAAAUGAGCCAAUGACUUUUUUAAAAAUUAAUUUUAAAAUUAAGAUACUGCUAAAAGUUCUUAAAGUCUCAUAUGAACUGACUCUAGAAAAAUUAAAAAUGGCUAUUAUUGAAAUUCCAAAAGCUUGUUUUUUAGUGAGUGUAUUUUGGUAUACUGUAAAUUUUUUAAAUAUUAUUAUAUUUACAUGAUUAAUUGAACUUAUAUUUAGAAAUUUUCAACUAUAGAUUAUAACUCUUCGUGAAGUUCUUAAAGACUAAUAUAAAUCCAUAUUGCAUAAUUUAGUUUUGAAAUAUAUUUUGUAGAAAUUGAAUUAAAUAUUGCUGGUCAAUUCAUAUCUUAAUUUUAAAAUAAAGCCAUUUUAAAAGUUGACUCGUUUAUUUGCCAGCCUAUUUUCACACUUUUCAAUCAUUUUUGGCCUGUCACUUUUGAUCCCCAAUUGUGCCUAAGCCUUUUGUCUCAUAAUCGCUGCUUUUCAUAAGGGGCGAGAGAAGACCAUUUAACAUAAAUUAUAUAAAAAAGAAUAAAUAAUUUGAAAUUAAAGAAAUUUUAUUUAAAAUAUGAAUGAUAAGGAUUCUAUUUAGGAUAUAAAAGGAAUCAAGUCCAUUAUAACGGUGCAUAAGCUAUACAAGAAAUUGAGCAAGUUUUGACUCAAAAAGGUACGAAUUUUCUUGAUAUUGAAUUCCCCCCUUUAGAUGCGUCAAUUUAUAGAGAAGUUGAUAAAGAGCCAUUUGACCAGCUGGUCCAUUGAAGAAGGCCAAAUGAAUUUUUUAUAGUAGACUAUGGAGAAGGGCUAAAAGACCCCAGAAUCUUUUCUGAAGAAAUUGAGCCUUAUGAUGUUCGCCAAGGACAGUUAGGAGACUCCUGGUUUAUGAGUGCUCUUGCUUCAUUAGCAGAAAGGCCAGCUUUAAUUGAAAGACUUUUCAUUACCAAGCAGGUGAAUAGCAUAGGGAUUUAUAGAAUCAAAUUAUGUAAAAAUGGAGAAUGGGUCACUGUUACAAUUGAUGACUAUUUUCCUUGCUUUCCGAUGGGGCAGCCAAUAUUUUCAAGGGCUAAUGGAAAUGAGCUGUGGGUACUUAUACUUGAAAAAGCUUAUGCUAAAUUGCAUGGACACUAUUAUUUGUUAAAAGGAGGGUUUGCGAAUGAAGGGCUUAUUGAUUUAACUGGAUGUCCAACUACGGAGAAUUUUCAAAAAAAAUUACACACAAACUGCAGAAAAUGCAAAAAACACGAAUGCUUUUUUGCAAAAAAUCUUGAAAAAAAUGAAAAUGUGUAAAAAUUAAAUUUAAUUUGGUAAUAUUUUAAGAGUUUUUGAAAAAAAAAAUUUUUGGUGUUGCAUUUAUGCAGUUUUUGCAAAUUCUCGUCCAACUGCCCAAUUUCAUUUUCACGACGAAGAUAUACAAAAACUUAUAGAAAGUGGCCAGUUUUGGCUGAUGAUAAAGGAUUUUGACGAAGAAGGGUAUAGCCCGAACCCUGCUUUGGAUCGGGUUUUACUGACAUCGGGAAACGCCAGAUGGGAUUUGAAAAUCAGCGUUUGUUCUCCUCAGAUGACAAAUAUCCAACAAACAAGAGGAUUUGUCAUCUGGGGAGCUUACUUUGCAAGCAAAAACUAGUUCGUCAACUCCCAUCUGACAUCUCCCACGUCAGUAAAACCCGAUCCAAAGCAUGGAUCCACUAUACAUUUUGUCAGCAAGCACUCAAGGCGAAGAAAGGUGAAACGAAGUCAAUUUCCUUGGGACCUUAGAAGCUGGAUUAUUGCCUGGGCAUGCUUAUACAAUUUUAUCUAUCAAAGAAGCCCAAGGCAAUCUUUUAAUAAAUUUGCGUAAUCCAUGAGGAAAAAUUGACUGAAAUGGUGACUGAAGUGAUGGGUCAGCUGAAUGGACUGCAGCCAUGAAAAGAGAGCUAAACCCUGUCUUUGACGAAGACAACGGGAAUUUUUGGAUGAAUUUUGAUGACUUUAUUCAGCAUUUUUCAACCCUAAAUGUCUGCAGAGUAAAAAACUGGGACGAAGUUAGAAUUAAAGGGAAAUUUAUAAGGGUCCAAGACGUAGAAGACUCAAAUAUGGAAGUUGUCGUAUCUAAGUGGUAUUAUAGCGUAGAUUUACCUGAAAGGGUCAGGAUUUUUAUAGGGAUUCAUCAAGAAGAUGAAAGGAUUUUUGGGGUUGCUUCUAGAAGACAAUAUUUAGACAUAGGGAUAGUGGUGCUUAAAAGAAUGCCUGAUGGGACAGUAAAUUUGAUAGAAUCCAAAGAUUUUAGCAUUGACCGACAGUGUGAGAUGGAGAUUUUACUAGACCCUGGAUCAUAUAUAAUUUUGCCAAGGACUUCAGGAUGCUUGCUAAGAAGGCCAACUGAUGCAGUUCCUGAAAGAAUAACUCUGCUUAACAGUAAAGGAGAGCUUACAGACUUAGCAGAAUCCACGAUUAAUGAUAUUUUCAGAAAAUUUGAUAUGCUCUUAAACAGAGAGCUUUCUUAUACAGAAUUUAAAGGGUUUUAUGAGUGUAUCAAUAGGACUAUAAGUGAGGUCGAGUAUCGUCAAAAAGUCCUUAAAAAAUAUUCCUCAACUGAAAAUGGGCUAAGCUUAAAAGGGUUUAAAGACUUUUUUAUUGAAAAUAUCAAAGCUCAAGGCGAAGAGGUAAUUUGGGGAUGGCUUGAGAGCUUAGGAUAUGAUAGAGAACUAUACUCAGUCAGGUCACGGUGCUUUAUUUUGACUUUUCAUAGUGUCACUGAAAUUUCAGUAACAGUCAGAGACGCCAUCCAAACUGAUCUAGAUAACCGCACCAAUGUACUUUUAAUAGAAAAACAAGGGACUGAGCUAGACAGCAAAACUGGGGUCAGAUGUUUUUAUUAUUUAUCCAAAAAUGUCCAUUGCUACUCAUAUGGUGUUUAUAAUGAGCAGUCUCAAGCUAUAGAAGUUACUUUAGACUGUGGAGGCUCUGAUAGCAUGGUUUUCAGUACUAAAGGAUCAUAUGUGAAAAAAAGAAUCGAGCCUGGCCAGCUUGAAUUCAUGCUCCAUGCUAUGGCAAUUCCUAGUGCAGAUACCUUUGUGAGAUCAGCCAGAUGUACAUGGCAUGCAGUUUAA